AUGGUGGUGGUUGCAAAACGGCACAAGCGUUUCCUCUUGCGCCAAACAAGUAAUUCCAGCAAGACCACUUUCCUUAUCGAUGAGGAGGCGGCAUCCAGUCCUUCAAUCACCAAAACUGACAUAUCACGACCUCCCCUUCUCGCACAACCCAGUAUACCGACCUUCACCAUUACCGGCAGUAGCGAUCAGAACUUGAAUCGCCCUUUGGAUGUACGUUCUAACCAGCUGUGGGACGUGCCCGAAACCUCUCAUGAACAACUGGCCACGCCACAUGAAAACAACCCACCCAACUACCUUUCCUUUCUAUCUGUAAAAUCCUCUGCAGCGGCUCUUACGCGCACCUCGUCUUCCAUUGACUGCUCUACAAGCGCUGUUUGCGGCAGUGAUGGUGCAAAGCGCAAACUCACAUGCCCGGAGAUAUUGCCAGGUGAAGGAAGACGUAAGAGCAUGACAGAACUCUACCAACCUAUCAUUCUCAUGCCACAAAAGGGCCGCAAUGAUAAUGUCACAGACUCGGUCUUUGUGCGACAACUUCAGCGCCAACAUAAACGAACUGUAGUGGUACUGGCUAGCAUCCUUAUCGUCUUCAUUGCGUGCCACGGACCUCGGGCAAUAUGGUUGUGUGCAAGGUGGUUUUACACUGAUGUAAGUGGACAACUCCUGCUCUUGGUGACUCUGUGGUCUCGGGUGUGCAUCUUCCUAGAUCCUGUACUCUACGGAUUUUGGGGCAACAGAGCUUAUCGCCGAUGCUUGCGAAAUCUUUCUCACCACCUUGUCCCGCCUUGUGGUGAUAGAAGCCUGAAAAAGAAUGGCAUUUAA